AUGCUAGAUACGUCUGUUUCCGAUGGAUGCCGUGACCAUCCGUCGGACACUGGACGAUCUCAGCCUGCAUCAGACAGUCCGACCAUCGACCCUCAGCUUCUAGAUGAGGAUAUUGAAUUAGAAACAACGCACCCUGUCCACUUGGCGCGCACCACCCUCGCACGCGGCCACCGAAACCCGCUCUAUGCGGCACGUGGCGGCCUUGCCCAUCGUAACACUGGCCGGAAUGCUGCCAUGGAGAACAAUGAAGUGGACGACGCACCAUAUGCGCCAGACCCAUCAGCUGUGAAGGACGAAUCUGAUCCGCUCGUCCUGUUGAAGACAAAAUAUGGAGCCCUGGAUCUCGUGCAGCGUCAGGCACGGCGGGUUAUAUCGAACGUUGUAGGACAGCAGUUCCGCCUAGUUACGGGUGUCAGCAAACAGGAUAAAUGGCCGAAGUGGGGGGAACAGAUGCCAGGGAUGGCGGUCAAUUUUGAGGCGCGAGUUGAUGAGUCUGUCAACCCUGACCUACUCGUCCGGGUUGCCGAAGUCUCCAUGCAACAGUUAAAGAACCAUUCUGCCAUCCAUGCGACAUGGAUGAAUGCCCCGAACGUCAAACUGACGUAUUCCCUACUGCACGAGUGCGCCAAGACCACCUUUCGUGGAUUCCGAACAGCAUACAAUAGCCAGGUUGACCAUGAAAAAGCGAUGCAGCGCAAAAAAAAUGAGCGUGCAUCUCGAUGGCAAAAUCGGCGCAAUAAGAAAAGCGACAACCUCUAUAGUGUUGUGCCCAGGUACCUGGAAUUACAUGGUGUUGACCCAGGAGAACUCGUUACGGUGGACUUAAUGUCCGACAAAGCAAGCGGCCCAGAGGACGAUGGAGACGAAGCUGCCGUUACAGAAUGGCGACGGCAGAUGGCUGAGAAGGCUGGAAUCACAGGUAAAUCUGAUCCACAGCUGGCGAAGAUGAGUUUUUUUGAGGUGAUCAGGCCAAACUGGCGAUCUAAUGAGCUGACGAAAAUAUACCGGGAGCUGUCGGAGAUAUACAAGGGCUCCCUGCCCCUCAAAUCGCUCCGGAUGACUGUUGAACGUGUCCGCGACACGGGGCGGUCUAGCGACAAGAUCCCCGGCUACGCACCCUUCAACUUUGGGGUCAAUAUCGAGUGGUACAACAGGAUGCAAGAGACUGAUGGCAGGUACCUAGGCGACUGGCUGAAGCAUCCCGAUCCUGCUGGGUUUGGAGAGAAUGCGACACCUGCGGAUGACGGCACCGGUGACCUCUUGGCAACGUGA